AACAACAACCCAAAUCAAAAACGCCACCACCAGCCCUGAAGAGGGACAGAUCUGCUCACCGUUAAGAGGAGCGCCAGAACAUGUUAUGGGAGAAGCUGGCGUUACCGCCGGGGCUUCCAUUGGCUUGUCUGUUGCUGGCAAGCGCGGCUUUUCUUGCGAUGUCUGCCGAUCGGCCGCCUGUUACAAACGAAACGGGUGUUUCUGCACGAUGGAGUCCUGACACAAGAAAAGAAAGCUCUCGGCAUGACGCCGGUAGUAGCUCCCCGGGACUGAAAAGUCUGUUAUCUCUGGCUUGGCACAGUGCCACUAACCUCAGAAGGUUAAACAAUUUGAAAGGUGCAGCUAGUGUGGCAGACGAUGAAACCACCCAUAUUUCUAGCUCUGAUAAAAGCGUGAAAGAGCCGUUAGGCCCUAAGGCAAAGAAAUCAAAAGUCUAUAACUUUGAUGAGAACUACCGGUAUGAACAGAUGCUGAAAAUUCCACGAGAAAUGGAUGAGGAUGUGAAAAUUCAAACCGCUAGUAACUUAAAUUGGAAUGGCUUUGCGAAUAAGAGAUUAGAGGACCACAAAAGAGAGGCUCAAUUAAAUGUACAUCCAGAAAGUGAAUCUCUACCGGUUGCAAAAAUGGUGGCAACCUCUGCCUUUCUGUCUCCGCGAUCCCAUAACCGUGGUAAACCCUUGAAAAGAAGCAAACCGUCUGGAUGCAGAGUUCCAGAUGAGAUGCACAUUCCUUGUGGUCCUGCUCAUGUGACUCCCGAAGCUUGCCUCUCCCUGGGCUGCUGUGCUGAUAUACAGAAGGCUGUUUGCUUUUACCCCUUGGAAGCUUGCACAAAAGACAACAACUUCGUGUUUGUGGUUUAUCGUAAUUCAACUUGGCCAGAGAUCAAUCUUCACACCUUGAGAGUUGGUCAGGAGGCAUGUCCCCUCUUGCUGCUGACUGAAGACUUUGCCCUCUUCAAGUUUGGGUUGGGAGAAUGUGGAACAAGUGUGUUUGAAAUAGGAUCCACAAGCCUCUUUAUUGCAGAAGUGCUGGGCAGUGUUGUCACUUAUAGCCAGGCGUUUGGUGAAAUAAGUCGGGAGCUUCCUUACAAUUUCAAGAUGCAAUGCAGCUAUUCAGAGGGCAGCCUGGUCAGUUUGGGCUACAUAGUGAAGAGUUUGCCACCACAGUCUGUGGUGUCCCAUCCCAUAGACCCAGGGGUUCAGCUGAGAGUGGCUAAAGAUAAAUGUUACACCCAGUACUAUCCAGAAACUGGUCUCCCCUUAAGAUUAUUGCUAGGUUCUAGUCUGUAUUUGGAGUUGUGCCUCCUCAAUUCUCCUGAUCCAGAUGCAAAGCUACUGGUGAACUACUGCAUUGCUUAUCCAAGGUCUUCUGAAGCAGCCUGGGUUCUGAUCUACAAUGGUUGUCCCAACACCCUGGACCCUUCACCUUCACAUCUACGCAAGUCUCCACACAAUCAUUGCCGGAGAUUUGAGGUGAAAACCUUCCAAUUUGUGGACCGUAGAACAAAAGCAUAUUUGGAUGAAGAGAUUUAUAUCCUCUGUUCUACAGAGAUCUGCUCAUCUGCUGAGACUAGCUGUGAUGGUGCUUGCUUUGAUCAUACAGGGUUACAUGUGUCCAGACUACCUGAGGAGGAGCAGCAGCAUUCUACUGUGCAUGUAAAAGGGAUCUGAUCUGUGGUGAUGCAAGUUACUAGUUCGUGUUCAAGAUCAAAAUGUAUUGUUUUAAAACUUCAUCUAAAUAAUCA